AUGAAGAUUUUCCUUAGCUUUGGUUUGCUGUUCUUGGCCGUUGUGCCAUCAGCUCGCCUUCAGCGCAUCGUCUCUGGCCCUUGUCCCUCAGUGCCUGCUAUGGCAAAUUUUGACAAAUCAAAGUUUCUUGGACACUGGACUGAAGUUGAAAAGAGCCCUAGCGUUUUUGACUUUAUUCUUCGUUGUCUGGAGCUUGAUUACGUCGAUAACAACGAUGGUAAUCUGAAUGUGAUUGUCAAGGGAACAUCGUUGGGUGGUCUGCCUCUCACCAUCAAGGGAGAUGGAAUGCCACAGCAAGGUAACAAGCUGGGCAAAUACAACGUUCGCUUCGGUUUCGGUGUCCCGUUCCAGGGUAGUGAGUCCACUUUCUUGGAAACUGACUACAAGGAGUUUGCCGUCAUCUACUCGUGCACAAGCAGCAUCAUUCAGGGCUUCUACCACACCGAGUACAUCUGGAUUCUUUCCCGAGACGGCAGCAUAUCUAACCCCACUCGUCAGAACAUCUAUGAGACCUUAGACCGCCUCAAGAUUAACCGAGUCGGCUUGCAGCUGGUUGAUCGCAGUACCUGCCCAACCAACCAGACGCUGGUCACUCGAGAGAGCGAACAGAAUCUGGCCAGCGCUGUUGAGCCUGUAGUCCUGGAGGAGACCGUUACCUCCACACUGCCGGAGAAGAAGCCAGAAGUGACUGUGCCAGCUACCGAGUAA